AUGGUGUUCAAGGCAAUUCCUAAGGUUUUGACUAUUGCUUUACUCAAGCAUGUGACAAAGGUUAUUAACUUUUAUCCUGCAAAGGAGGGAAUUUCGAAAUAUUACAGUCCACAUAUGAUUGUGAGACGAAAACCGGUGGAUUUUUCAAAAGAAUGUGUCGCUGAAAUUGGAUAUUUUGUACAAGGAUAUGGUCAUACGGCCAACAACAGUCAACGAUCAAGAACGAUUGAUGGUAUUUAUCUUGGAGUAAAUGACAGCAUACAAGCGGGACAUGUGUUACUUGAUCUUAAUACAAAAAAGACAGUAACAAGACCCUAUGUAAAGCUACUUCCGAUCACCAAACAAGAUUGUGAUUUGCUUGCAGGAGUGGACCCAGAUGAACUGUGGGAUGAUACAUAUAUUCCACGCAAAAAUGAAUACAAACGAAGCGAUGAGAAUCUUCGUAAUGAAAAGAUUGAUCAAGAUGAAAUUGAUGCUUUACUUAAUGAAGCGGAAGAAUUUAUUGAAAACUAUGAUGAUGAACACACCAAAAAUGUCGAAGAACAGGCAGAAGACAGGAGUGUUGCAAGUAUUUAUGAACGAUUGAGACGGAGAAAUGAUGAUGAAAAUUCCGAUCAAGGUCCCAAUCCAAAUGACAAAUAUCAGAAUGAUGAGGAUUUAAAUAAAGAAAUUGAAGAAGACAUUCAAAAGGACAAAGAAGAUGUCGAAUCACUUCACGAUGAAGAACAAAUCGAAGAAACACGCGAAACAUAUGAAGAAAAUGACAAUUUAAUUGAUCGAAUUCAAGAUGAAAUCAAAGAAUGUGAAAAUCAAGUCAAUGAUGUUCGCGAAUUUGUGGCGAAUUUGGAUGAUAAUGAAAAUGAAAAAGAUGAAUCUGACGGUAAUUCGGACGAAUCAAGCGACGAUGAUAAUCAUGAAAAUGAUGAGGUGAAUAAACAGGACAUAUUCAGUCCAAGGAAAACCAGGAGUGGUAAAUCUUAUGUUCAAGAUGGAAUAAAAAUGAGACCAACCGAACGUAAUAAUCGAGAUCGAUCAAGGUAUAAUCAACAAUACCUAAAUCGAAAGAAACCCAAGUGCAAUUUGCUAAAGAACAGGAGUGCGAUGAGAAAAAAGGAAAAAGUCAAGAAAUUAAAAGGUUAUUUGAAUGAAAUAAUUUCAAUGAAGGAAAAUUCAAGGAAAAGGAUUCCGAAAAAAGAGUCAAAAUACAAUCUACUAUUCCAACAGGUUGGAAGUGACAAGAAAACCGAAUAUGGAAGAGAUAAGGCAACUCUGAUUGCACGAUUCAUGCAACAAAUCAAGGAUAAAGUUCAAAAUGAAGGAGUAUCGUUUAUCCAACAAUACUACCUAAAUAAGGGACUGAAAUUAUUCAAAGAAGAAGGUAAUAAGGCUGUGAUGAAAGAGCUUGACCAAUUGAUACAGAGAGAAUGUUGGGAACCAGUUCAUGUUGAAAACAUGACUGAUUUGGAAAAAAGAAGAGCCCAAGAUGCUAUGAUGUUAUUAGCUGAGAAAAACACUGGUGAAAUAAAAGGAAGAUGUGUAUACAAAGGAGAUGGAACUCGAGAAUGGCUAUCUCGAGAGGAUACUUCAAGUCCAAUUGCAGCAUUGGAAGCAAUUUUGAUCACAUGUGUGAUUGAUGCGUAUGAAGGACGAGAUAUGAUGUCUUUGGACAUUCCAAAUGCAUUUAUUCAAACUCAAAUGCCAAUGAUGAUGAUGAUGAAGAUCACUGGAUUAUUGGUCGACAUGAUGAUACGACUGGAGCCAAGGUAUCGUGAUUAUGUUGUAAUUGAAAACGGAAAACGAGUGAUUUACGUGAGAGUAUUGCGAGCCAUCUAUGGGAUGUUAGAGGCCUCUAUGCUCUGGUACAAAAAGUUGAGAGAAGACAUGGAGAAACAUGGUUUUGUUUUUAAUCCAUACGAUGGAUGUAUUGCCAACAAGAUUGUGAACGGCAAACAACAAACUAUUCAAUUUCAUGUGGACGAUCUGUUAUCAAGCCACAUCGAUCCGAAAGUGAAUGAUGAUUUUUGUGAGGAUGAAUCAAAAGUAUGGUUCAAUCAAACCAGUCAAAUCUAA